GGGGAGCAUAGUGCUCCCCAAAAUGGAAACACCCCCGAUCUCACCUUCCGCAGUUCCCACUCGGUUGGAUGUUUACCCUGCUCUUCGUUCCACUGAAUUUCAUUCGGCAGAGUAAGCUGGUGAACUGUGAGCUACUGAGCCAGCCGCCACCACCAGAGACCAGACCAGACCGGUGUGGGCGGAGGCUUCCCAGGAGCGGAAGCGAAGGCGAGCCGCCGCCGCCGCCUGCCGCCGGGGAAGCUGUCGGCGUCAGCCAGCAGACCCAUCGCCGUGGCCGAUCUCCACCGCCCGCUCUGUCCGCAAGGGAGUUUGGCACAAUGCAAAGCCAUAGCAAACUGUGUAUUGCCUCUGCAUCCGCACAACCUGCUGUGCUCGGCCUCCAUGGUUGGGCAGACCUUCCAGAUGGCCCGCUAAGCUCCAUUCUUGCACUGUCAGGGUCCUUCCGUGAUGUUCUUGCCUUCGCGGCAACAUGCCGCUCUUGGCGUGCUGCAUUCUCCUCAUACCCAAACAAAUCUGCCUUCUGCACCAGAUUCCCACCUCUCCUCGUCCAAUUCAAGCUCCAUUCUUGCACUGUCAGGGUCCUUCCGUGAUGUUCUUGCCUUCGCGGCAACAUGCCGCUCUUGGCGUGCUGCAUUCUCCUCAUACCCAAACAAAUCUGCCUUCUGCACCAGAUUCCCACCUCUCCUCGUCCAAUUCAAUGUCUGUGUUCAAGCUCCUGAUCUCCCGUCUAACAAUGGUCGUCACGAGCUACGCACAUGUAAGGUCAUUGAUCCAAUCAACAAGAACAUUGCCCUUCGCUGCCAGAUUCCUCAAGAAAUUUAUCAGGAGAUGCAUUUUGCUGGGACUUCCUAUGGUCAACUAAUUUGCGGCCGUGCUGGAUAUUGUCUUGUUGUUGAUGUGUUCAGUGGUGCCGUGGUUUCUCCCCCACGUCUCCCAUUCAGCGGUGAUUUUGAGUUUGGGAGGGAGUUCUACUUCAGUGGUACUUUGACGGCUCCCAUUGCAUCACCCAACUCACACCUCCUUGUCAGUACUGCAAUCUCCCUGUUUGAUUGGCCGGUCGGAAGUGACUCUUGGUCUGAACUCCAGCUUUCUGAUGAAUCGAUAGAACAGAUUGUGGAAUUCAAUGGUCAAUUUGCUUUUGCCAUUGUUGAUCACAUCAUUCUCUCUGUGCUAGGAAGUGUAUACAUACUUAUUGAUUCUUAG